UUGAAGUGAAAGUGAAAGUAUUUAUUGUUCAGUCUGUGGCGCAGUUAGGAGCCGUUAUCUGUCUGUUACUGAAGUUACAAUGUUUAAUGUUCAGAUGAGCUGGACAAACAUGGAGCUUCUUCCUCUCGUGUGUCUCUGUCUCCUGACUUGGUCUGGAACAACGUUUGCUGAUGGAAACGAGACAGAGAUCAGAGUGUUAGAGGGAAGAAAUGCAACUUUACCCUGUUCCCUCAGCUCCAGAGAGAACAUUGGGCUGAGACGCUUUGAGUGGAAGAAAGGUGGUCAGAAGAAGGUGUUGGUGUAUGAUGGUGGAGUUCACUCCAAUAAUGGUUUCUCAGGUCAAGAUCCACAGUUCAAAGGUCGUGUCUCAUAUUUUGAAGAUGGACUGAGGAAUGGAAACGCCUCCAUAACCAUCAGAGAUACAAAGCUGACUGACAGUGGAGACUACACCUGUGAAUUUCCAGGUCGUCAGGAAAAAUGCCACAUCAAGCUUGUUGUCGAGACAAAGAUCAUCGUGUUAGAGGGAAGAAAUGCAACUUUACCCUGUUCCCUCAGCUCCAGAGAGAGCAUUGGGCUGAGACGCAUUGAGUGGAUGAAAGAUGGUCAGCAGGAGGUGUUGGUGUAUGAUAGUAGUCGUCUAUCAGGUCAAGAUCCACAGUUCAAAGAUCGUGUCUCAUAUUCAGAAGAUGGACUGAGGAAUGGAAACGCCUCCAUAACCAUCAGAGAUACAAAGGUGGCCGACAGUGGAAUCUACACCUGUAAAUUUCCAGGUCGUCAGGAAAUAUGCCACAUCAAGCUUGUUGUUGAUGGUCCCUUAAAAGACAGAAGAGAUGAAAACAUCCCAGGUGCAGCUCCAGAGCCAUCCAUCAGGAUACUUGGUGAAACAAAGGAUGGAGAACUGCUGCAGUGUGUUGUUCGAGGAGCUUCUCCCAAACCUAAAGUAGAGUGGAAAGACAGUUCUGGAAACAUCCUUCCUGCUGAGGAACCACUGGUCACUGAAAGAGGAGGACGUUACAACAUCACCCUCCAAACUACUGUGACCAAGACCGACCGCUAUCGCUGUGUCGCCACACAGGAGGAAAUCAGCCAUCAGACUUAUCAUGAGACCUUUGUGUCUAUCAAUGAGAGUCAGAGUGGGUUGGUUGCUGGUGUUGCUGUUGGUGCAGUUCUUGGGACUCUCUUUAUUGUUGGUGGUGUUCUAGCUGUUAGAACCAGACGUCACAGAUUUAAGAAAGGUUUACCACGAGACAAAAUUAACGGAAGAGCAGAGGAAGAGUCAUUUCCAGUGGGUUAAUCCCAACCCUCUUCCAGCACCUCAAAGUUGGCCGCCUGUUUUUGUGUGUGUGUUAGCAGGUGAAUGAGAGGCUAUAAAUGUAAGAGGUUUGAAUAAAAUUACUCUAUGGAAGCAGCUAUUUACUCUAUGCUUACAGCACUAUAAAUAUACACAACUUGUACAGCACAGACACAGUUUAACCAAAACGCUUAAAUGCACCCCAGCGCAGAACGUUUCAGUAUCUUAAUAUUACUCGCUAACAUAUCUUAACAAUUAUAUUUUAAUUGUGUUUCUUUUUAUAUGGAAAAGGUUUAUAUAUCUGUAUCUUUAAGCCACAGCCAGCAGAGGGUUAGCUUAGCUUAGCAUAAAGCCUGGAUAUGGGGAAACAAUUUGUUUCUGUUGGACACAGACAGACUGUUUCCCUGUUUACAGUCUUUAUGCUAAGCUAGGCUAACUGUCUACUGGUUGUAGGGUCAUAGUAAUCCUGCAGUUGUACAGUAUCUUUAUAUAAUUACUCUUCAAGUCUCAAUAUGGACUUUAUUCUCUCUGAUGUGAUGUUGUGGAUGUUUUUAUUUUCACAAAUAAAACUUAUUUCUAACUCUGA